AUGGCAGACAUAAGCAAGGAAGAACUUGAAAAAGAAAUUGCAAAAAUUCUAAAAGAUGCAAAUCUGGCCACAACAUCUACUAAGAAGGUCAUCCAGAAACUGGAAAAGAGCUUUGGGACAGAUUUGUCGGACAAGAAGAAAGUCAUUGAUCAGUUGGUAAUGGAUUAUGUGAACAGUAAGCGUUCAGAUUCUGAGAACGAAGAGGAGGAAGAGGAAGAAGAGGAGGAAGAAGAGAAAAAACCGGCGAAGAGAUCUGCACCGGCCUCAAAGGCUUCCACCAAGAAAUCCCGCAAGGAGAGCAGUGAGGAGGAGGAAGAGGAAGAAAAGGGAUCUGAUGAAAGUGCAUCUGAGGAGGAAAAGAAGAAACCAGCCGCCAAGAAAGGCAAGAAGAAGAAGAAGGGAUCUGAUGGAGAUUCGGACAGUGAUUGGGGAAAGAAGAAGGAAAAGGCACCUAAAGCUAGAAAGGCUGGAGGAAAAGGAAAAGGUGGUGGCUACACCCGUGCAUACAAACUUUCCCCAGCUUUAGCAGAAUUGAUGGGGCAAGACGAGAUGCCCCGGCACGAAGUGGUCAAACGUGUAUGGGCGCUCGUCAAAGAACGUAAGCUUUAUGACCCCAACAACAAACAGUUUGCAAUAUGUGAUGAUGCUAUGUACAAAGUGUUUGGUACAAAACGUUUCCGUAUAUUCGGUAUGAUGAAGCAUCUAAAGUCUCAUUUCUGCGAUUAA